AUGGAAAGUGUUAGUGGUGUAGAGACUGUUACUGGUGUAUCUGGAACACAACCUGAGUUGGAAGCACCUGCUGUAGAGACUAUCAAAGACAGUGAGGGCAUUGUCAUCAAAGGAAAAUGUAUAUAUUGUGCAAAAGUGUAUUGCUGUGAGAGCAAGAAACAUGGGACUUCUUCUCUCAGACUUCAUGUGGUAAACUGCCUUAAAAAUCCUCACUCUAAGGAGACAAGGCAGUCCCUACUCACAUUCCAACCUGCACCUUCUUCUGCUGGAACUCAAAGUAGUGAAGGAACUGAAGGGGUGUUGGGUACUUGGGUGUUUGAUCAAGACUUGAUAAGGAGAGCCUUAGCUGAGAUGAUUAUUUUAGAUGAACUUCCUUUUAGGAUUGUUGAGGGACAGGGUUUUAGAAAGUUUGUUUUAGUUUGCUGUCCUAGGUUUAAAAUCCCUUCAAGAUGGACUAUCAGUAGGGACAUUUUCAAGAUAUUUUCUGAUGAGAGGGUCAACUUGAAGAAGUUUUUUAGGACUAGCAGUCAGAGAGUAAGUAUCACAACUGAUACUUGGACCUCGGUCCAGAGAAUAAACUACAUGUGCAUAACUGCACAUUUCAUUGAUAGUGAGUGGAAGCUGCAAAAGAAGAUUAUUUCAUUUGUUCCUAUAUAUUCCCACAAGGGGGAAAGUAUUGCAAAGGCUUUAGAGAGUUGCCUUUUGGACUGGGGUCUAAAAUCAGUGUUUAGUGUGACAGUAGAUAAUGCUUCCAGCAAUGAUACUGCCCUAGGAUUCUUGAAGAAGAAGUUGGGCUCUUGGGGUUGUACUGCUGUUAGGUGUAAGUAUUUGCACAUGAGGUGCAUUGCUCACAUUCUUAACUUGGUGGUACAGGAUGGGUUGAAAGAAUGUGACAGUUCUGUUAAGAAAGUCAGGGAUGCUGUUAGGUAUGUGAGGAGCUCACCUGCUAGGUUGCAGAAGUUUAAAUCACUAGCUGAUCUAAUUGGGGUGGAAGCUAAGAAUUCUCUGUGUCUAGAUGUCCCUACAAGGUGGAAUUCCACAUAUAUGAUGCUUAAUACUGCAUUACUGUUUCAGAAGGUAUUUGAAGCCUAUGAUGAUCAUGACAGUUCAUUUAAAUCUGAUUUGGGUGGAAGUGUACCUGAUUUCUUAGAUUGGGAAUCAAUUCAAUCUUUGGUUAUGAUUCUAAAAUCUUUUUAUGAAAUGACUGUUAGGAUUUCUGGAUCAUUGUAUGUGACUUCUAAUACCUUCUUCUCUGAGAUUUCUGAUUUGUCUUGCUUGUUGAAAAAUAUGGAGGAAGCUACAGAAGAUAGUGUUAAACUAAUGGGUAAAAAUAUGAGGGCAAAAUUUGAUAAGUAUUGGGGUGAGCCUGAAAAAAUGAACUUUUUGAUAUUCUAUGCAAAUAUCUUAGACCCUAGGGACAAAAUUGAGUAUAUGCCCAUUCAGUUUAACCAGUUAUAUGGUGAGGACAAGGGUAAAACAAUGUUUGAUAAGGUGAUUGUUGGCCUUAAGGAGUUGUUUGAAGAUUAUGUUGCAUGCUUCCCUGUCCAGUGUGUUGAACAAUCUGAAAAAUUUUCUCCCUCAAUAACAAUAUCUGAUUCAGUUUCUGUUGGGAGACCUCAAUCAUUACUGAAAUCUCAGAUUAAGAAGCAAAAAUUGGUGAGUGGGGAUUUGUCUAGGAAAAAAACUUAG